AUGGGUGAGAAACUAGCCAUUCUUCAUUAUUUCGAGGACGAGCAAGAAGAUCUUAUCAAGGUGCUGAAUAAUCUUGAGGAGGAAAAUGAUAGCAGAGAUGAGGCUGAGGAUGAUAAUGAGGCUGAGGUGGAGGAUGACAAGGAUGAGAUGGAGGAUGAUGAAGAUAAAGCAACGGAUGAUAGGGCAAAGGAUGAGGUGGAGGAUGACAAGGAUGAGAUGGAGGAUGAAGAGGAUGAAGCAGCAGAUGAUGAGGAUGAGGUAGAGGAGAUGAUAACGAUGAUGAGGAUGAAGCAGCAGAUGACGAGGAUGAGAAGGCAUGUGGCAGGCUCUCCUGUUGGGCCUCGUGAUGCUGCAAGGGCUAUGACGCCUCCUGGAUCUGGGAGCCUUAUGCUUGAUUUGCCUCUACUAGAUGUGGUUGGUUUCCCUGCUGUUCCACAGUCGCCUUCGGGAUUCAAGGCGUCGAUGGGCCUCGUUUCAGAGCGGGACUCCCUAUCAAUAGAGGUUGCGAGCCUUUCUGAAGAGCUUAAGGUUGUGAAGGCUGAGAUGGAGGAGUUGCAAGCUCGGGUAGAUUCACUGAGCACUCGUCGAGACUAUAGCUGGGAAGCGUUGCAUCAGCAGUCGUACGAGUUAGAGCAACUGGAUUCCGACUACGUGGCAGUCACCUCCUUGGGCAAUUCGACUGCUCAGGAGAUUUUCUUACCUUCAAGAAGAGAAGCAGGCCCUGUUGCCACGUGCGGAGGAGCUAAAAGUGAUGAUUAA